GUUUUCUGGGGAUGAUGCCUGAGCAGGAGAGGCAGGUUACAGCCGGAGAAGAGGCCAGUCGGAAAAUCUUCUCAAAACUUUCUUUGCCUGCUCGCCCUUGGAAGCAAGCAAUGAAGCAGAGUUUUGCCUUUGACAAUGUCGGCUAUGAAGGGGGUCUGGACAGCAUGUGCCCUUCUCCAGCGACCACCGGCACCAUCAGCAUCUUGGGGAUGACUUGCCAAUCCUGUGUUAAGUCCAUUGAAGGCAGGAUUUCUAGUUUGAAGGGCAUCGUGAGCAUAAAGGUUUCUUUGGAACAAAGCAAUGCAGUUGUGAAAUAUGUGCCAUCAGUCAUUAGCCUGCAACAGGUUUGCCACCAAAUUGGGGACAUGGGUUUUGAGGCCAGCAUUGCAGAAGGAAAGGCUGCCUCCUGGCCUUCAAGGACUUUAUCGGCCCAAGAGGCAGUGGUCAAGCUGCGGGUGGAGGGCAUGACCUGCCGGUCUUGUGUGAGCUCCAUCGAAGGCAAGCUGCGGAAACUGCAUGGAGUUGUGAGAGUCAGAGUUUCACUCAGCAACAAAGAAGCAGUUGUCACUUACCAGCCUUAUCUUAUUCAACCUGAAGACCUCAGGGACCAUGUCAGUGACAUGGGAUUUGAAGCUGCCAUCAAGAACAAAGUGGCUCCCUUAAGCCUGGGACCAAUUGACGUUGGCCGGUUACAAUGUGCUAAUCCAAAAAGACCAUCAGCUUUUGCUAACCAGAAUCUCAAUAACUCUGAGACCCUGGGCCACCAAGGAAGCCACAUGGCUACUGUGCAACUAGGAAUAGAGGGAAUGCACUGUCAGUCUUGUGUCUUGAAUAUUGAAGGAAAUUUAAGCCAACUCCCAGGGGUUCAACAUAUUCAAGUAUCACUGGAGAACAAAACUGCCGAAGUACAGUAUGAUCCUUCUUGUGUCACACCUGUGUCCCUACAGAGGGCCAUCGAGGCACUUCCACCUGGGAACUUUAGAGUUUCUCUUCCUGGUGGAGCAAGAGGUAGAGCAGGUGGUGAGUCUUCCAGUUGUCAUGCCCCUGGCUCUCCUGAGAGAAGCCAGUUGCAGGGCCCAGGUAGCUCUUUAGUGCUCAGCAUCACUGGCAUGACCUGUGCGUCCUGUCCGCAGUCCAUCGAAGGUGUACUUUCCCGGCGGGAAGGGGUACAGCAAAUAUCGGUCUCUUUGGCUGGAGGUACUGCGACAGUUCUUUAUGACCCUUCUGUAAUUAGCCCUGAAGAACUUCGAGCUGCUGUAGAAGAUAUGGGAUUUGAAGCUUCCGUGGUUCCUGAAAACUAUUCGAUCAACCAUGCUGACAACCACACUGCUGAGAAUGCCAUGCUGCAAACUCCGGGUGACCCACCUGGCGCUGUGCCUGAAGUGGCUCCCCAAGGCAGCAGGGCCCUGAGGCAGCCCAGCCCUGGCUCCUCAUCACAUAGCCCACAAUCCACCAAAACAGCCUCCGCCUCGCAGAAGUGCUUUCUCCAGAUCAAAGGCAUGACCUGUGCGUCCUGUGUGUCUCACAUAGAAAGGAACCUCCAGAAAGAAGCUGGUAUUCUGUCCAUCUUGGUUGCCCUGAUGUCAGGAAAGGCAGAGGUCAAGUAUAACCCAGAGGUCAUCCAGCCGCCCAAGAUCGCCCAGCUCAUCCAGGACUUGGGCUUUGAAGCAGCAGUCAUGGAGGAUGAUGCAGGGCCAGAUGGCGACGUUGAGCUGGUCAUCACAGGGAUGACCUGCGCUUCCUGUGUUCACAACAUAGAGUCCAAGCUCACCAGGACCAAUGGCAUCACCUACGCCUCUGUGGCCCUGGCCACCAGCAAAGCCCAUGUGAAAUUUGAUCCAGAAAUCAUCGGUCCACGGGAUAUUGUCAAAAUUAUUGAGGAGAUUGGCUUCCAUGCUUCCCUGGCCCAGAGAAGGCCCAAUGCUCAUCACUUGGAUCACAAGAUGGAAAUAAAGCAGUGGAGGAAGUCUUUCCUGUGCAGCCUGGUGUUCGGCAUCCCUGUCAUGGGCUUAAUGAUCUAUAUGUUAAUCCCCAGCCAUGAGCCCCACGAGGCCAUGGUCCUGGACCACAAUAUCAUCCCGGGGCUGUCCAUUCUCAACCUUGUCUUCUUCAUCUUGUGCACAUUCGUCCAGUUCCUUGGUGGCUGGUACUUCUACGUCCAGGCCUACAAGUCUCUGCGACACAGAUCGGCCAACAUGGACGUGCUCAUCGUCCUGGCCACGAGCAUUGCCUACGUCUACUCCCUGGUCAUCCUGGUGGUUGCGAUAGCUGAGAAGGCCGAGAAGAGUCCUGUGACAUUCUUUGACACACCUCCAAUGCUCUUCGUGUUCAUUGCCCUGGGACGGUGGCUAGAACAUGUGGCGAAGAGCAAAACUUCAGAGGCGCUUGCUAAGCUCAUGUCUCUCCAAGCUACAGAAGCCACAGUUGUGACCCUCGGUGAGGACAACUUAAUCCUCAGAGAGGAGCAAGUACCCAUGGAGCUGGUGCAGCGGGGAGAUGUCAUCAAGGUUGUCCCUGGGGGGAAGUUCCCAGUGGAUGGGAAGGUCCUGGAAGGCAACACCAUGGCUGACGAGUCCCUCAUCACAGGGGAAGCCAUGCCCGUCACCAAGAAACCCGGGAGUGUGGUGAUCGCCGGGUCUAUAAACGCUCAUGGCUCCGUGCUCAUUAAAGCCACCCAUGUGGGCAACGACACUACUUUGGCUCAGAUUGUGAAAUUGGUAGAAGAGGCCCAGAUGUCCAAGGCACCCAUUCAGCAACUGGCCGACCGGUUUAGUGGCUAUUUUGUCCCAUUUAUCAUCAUCAUUUCAACUUUGACAUUGGUGGUUUGGAUAAUAAUCGGUUUUAUCAAUUUUGAUGUUGUUCAGAAAUACUUUCCUAGCCCCAGCAAGCACAUCUCACAGACGGAGGUGAUCAUCCGCUUCGCCUUCCAGACAUCCAUCACCGUAUUGUGCAUUGCCUGCCCCUGCUCCCUGGGGCUGGCCACACCCACAGCGGUCAUGGUGGGUACCGGGGUGGCCGCCCAGCAUGGCAUCCUCAUCAAGGGAGGCAAGCCUUUGGAGAUGGCACACAAGAUAAAGACUGUGAUGUUUGACAAAACUGGCACCAUUACCCACGGGGUCCCCAGGGUCAUGCGAGUCCUGCUGCUUGGAGAUGUGGCUACGCUGCCCCUCAGGAAGGUUCUGGCUGUGGUGGGUACUGCAGAGGCCAGCAGCGAGCACCCCCUGGGCUUGGCAGUCACCAAAUACUGUAAAGCGGAACUUGGAACAGAGACCUUGGGAUACUGCACAGACUUCCAGGCGGUGCCAGGCUGUGGAAUCGGCUGUAAAGUCAGCAACGUGGAAGGCAUCCUGUCCCAGAGUGAGCACCCACUGAGUGGGCAGGCUGGUCACCUGAAGGAGGUUGGCGGCCCUCCAGGAAAAGAUGCAGCACCCCAGACCUUCUCUGUGCUGAUCGGAAACCGUGAGUGGAUGAGGCGCAAUGGCCUGACCAUCUCCAGUGAUGUCAGUGAUGCCAUGACCGACCAUGAGAUGAAAGGACAGACAGCCAUCCUGGUGGCGAUUGAUGGUGUGCUUUGUGGGAUGUUCGCCAUCGCAGACUCUGUCAAGCCAGAGGCUGCCCUGGCGGUGCACACACUGAAGAGCAUGGGUGUGGAUGUGGUCCUGAUCACAGGAGACAACCGAAAGACAGCCAGAGCCAUCGCCACCCAGGUUGGUAUCAACAAAGUCUUUGCGGAAGUCCUGCCUUCUCACAAGGUGGCCAAGGUUCAGGAGCUCCAGAAUGAAAGGAAGAAAGUUGCCAUGGUGGGAGACGGUGUAAAUGACUCCCCAGCCUUGGCCCAAGCCGAUGUGGGCAUUGCCAUCGGGACCGGCACAGAUGUUGCCAUCGAGGCUGCAGAUGUGGUUCUCAUCAGAAACGACUUGCUGGACGUGGUAGCCAGCAUUCACCUCUCCAAGAGAACCGUCCGCAGGAUCCGCGUCAACCUGGUGCUGGCACUGAUUUACAACAUGCUGGGGAUACCCAUUGCUGCAGGUGCCUUCAUGCCCAUUGGCAUUGUGCUGCAGCCGUGGAUGGGCUCGGCGGCCAUGGCGGCCUCCUCCGUGUCUGUGGUGCUGUCUUCCCUGCAGCUCAAGUGCUACAGGAAGCCCGACCUGGAGAGGUACGAGGUGCAGGCCCAUGGCCGCAUGAAGCCCCUGAGUGCAUCCCAGGUUAGCGUGCAUGUGGGCAUGGAUGACAGGCGGCGAGACUCCCCCAGGCCGACGCCGUGGGACCAAGUCAGCUACGUCAGCCAGGUGUCUCUGUCCUCCCUGACAUCCGAUAGGCUGUCUCGACACAGUGGCACCAUGGAUGAUGGCAGGGACAAGUGGUCUCUGCUCCUCAAUGACAGGGAUGAGGAGCAGUACAUGUAAAAGCUCUAGGAGUGCAGGUGUAGGGUGGACCAAGGCUGGCUCCUCCGGGAACUCACAUCUGCUGUCUUUGGAUGAGCCAAGCAUGAUACAGACGACACAUGGGGGUGAAGCUUGCCCAACUUUGGGACCUCUUAUUCUUUUGAGUGUCCCAGCAUUCUUCACUGCAACUCUAGGCUUUGCUGAGGUACCAUCAGCAGGGGCUGAGUAGGACAGACGUUUAUGGGUCCUGCUGGUACAGGGACUCAUAUGUUCGAUCCUGGCCUCCCCAUGCUGUUGGCACAGAAGCUGCUUGGACUGCAGAAGCAGAGAGGAAAUCAGUGCUCCUCACAGACCUCUGCCUAUGGGACCUGGGAGCACUAGUUGAAGAAUAAACAGGCUUGCUAGGAUCGCAUGAGCCUCUUCACAGAGCUGGCUGUGAAGCCGUCUUGGGCAAAGUCUGUGCACCUCAUGGGUGUCUGAGACCAGUGUUAUCUCAAAUGCACCUGUUGCUGUCUACCAGCACCGUCUCUUUCUUUUCUCCCCUUCUGUGUGCUUGGUGACCUUCCCACAGAAGCAAGACUGCUACCCUCUGGCUUCUGUUCUGCUCUGGCCCAUGUGCUUGGCCUGAGCCUGCUCCCUGUCUGCACCCCCUUCACACCCAGAGCCCACUUUGUUGCUGGGUGACUCUUGCAGAGUCCCUCUGCUGCUGUUGUCCUGCUAGAGCAAGGCCUCUGAUUCUGAUCAGGAAUCUGAAUUCAGCUUCCUUUGAGGCACUGGGGCUCAUGAGCCUGGACAGUUGUAUGCUCCUGCAUAGCCUGUGGUGUGGGCACAGGUUCUCUGUGGGGGUCGUGUGCUCAGGGACCCCCAUGUUACCUCAGAUACCAGGGCCCAGGGUCUCUGGAUCCCCAGCAUGUGUGCCUGGUGGAAUGUCCUGUGAGAGGACGGCGGUUCUCCAUGUGAACCCUGUGUGUGACACCCCGGGGGGGGGGGGGGUAGCAGACCAGGGCGGUGUCUGCUUU